ACGGCUUUUAUCCAUUAAGAAGUGCACCUGACAGUACGUUCGAAUCACGCGAGCAAAACCUUGAAUGUUGUGCAUGUUGAUGUAAAUAAUGCUAAGAAAAAAGGUGAAGAUAAAACUAGCUAUGUGGAGUGAAGCUGUGUUCUUUUACACGUCAUAAAUACGACGAAAUUUCGGGAUUCCCCGAAAAACUGACGUAGCGUGACAAACCGUGCACUCAACCGCAGCAAAUUUAAGAAACAACAGCGAGGACACGUUCAUUUUAAAGUUCCUUUACGCUAAUGCGAUGAGUCUUAGAAACACCGCAGCAUCAAACCAAGGGGCCAAUGAUGGUGAGGAUGAAGUCGAUGCCAUCUUUAGACACAGCAAACAACGCUUCCAUGAGGCACACUUGGGGAUCCUCGAUGCACUGCGAGAAUUGGUCAUCUCAUCAACGCGCAAAGCAGAAGAGGAGGAAGCCCUGUUCAAUGGAGAGUUACAGAGCAGCCGUUUUCUCUACGAAGGGAAUAAAGCUCGCAAGUUCGUGGGAAAGAUAUUCCUGCAGAACGGAAAUCAAGGAACGGGUACAAUGUUGACCGAAAGGAUCCUGCUUACAGCCUCACACGUUUUCAAGAAUUGUAAAGAGGGCGAGGUGUCGUUUGAACAAGUCGAUCCAAACGCAAGCUUCUACAAGAUGUCAGAGGUGAAAUUUGCCCUCGAACCGGACACGUGUUUCGUGUCACAUCCAGAUAGUAGUCUCGACAUCGCGUUGACUGCCGUGUCCGAGAGAUCGCUUGACGGCGGAACGCCUUUAAGUGAAGUGGGUUACUGCACGAAGAUAUUACCGUCAAUAACAGCAGGCACUCACGUGAAUAUCAUCCAGUAUCCUGAAAAUAGCAACCAGAUGGUGGUGCUGCGAAGCAACCAAAUCCUUCACUACGAUGAAAGUUUUCUGAAGCUUUUCUCCAAGGACUUUAUCGAACACCACCGCUUCGAGACUCGGCGGCGUGCAGUGAAGAAGAGCUCGUGGAAGUGGCCAUUUAGCAAGGCACGAGAAAAAGCAGCUGAUUCGGAUUCCAGUUCGCCAUUUCUACACUACAGAGCCGAUACCAAGUACGGUUCCUCUGGCGCGCCAUGUUUUGACGACAUGUGGAAUCUGAUUGGUUUCCAUCACUGCGCACUCUCCGUGGAGCACAAGAAUAGGCCAAAUAUGUUUACUUAUGCGGCUAAUGAAGGUGUUAGAAUUAAUGUUGUUACUGAGUGGGCCGAUGAGGCACUUGCUAGCUACAACCUUUAAAACGUAUUACCGUGAAAAAUUUGGGGAGCUAUUUGGAGGAAAUUAAACUUCACUGGACACUUUCCUAAAACUGCGACUAAACUUGAAAUUCUAAAUUUAGAAGUUUGGUGAUGUCGAUUGAAAAUUACCCCUUAUUAUAGAAAACAAACCAACCACCCUUUUAUUUGAAAGAUGACGUCAGAAAACAACCUGACGUCAUUCCGGUGAUCCAUAAAAGAAUACUGUACGCUACUUUUUAAACUGAGAUAGAAUUAAAACUGUUAAGUUUUAUAUAAAAAAAAUAGCAACUCAGAUCACUCUCCCUAGACGGUUGUUGUCAACUUGAGUCAAUUAUACAUCUCUGCUACAGCCAGGCGUGUGGAUAUGAAUUAUUAAUUAGUCACCGAAAUGAACCUUGAUAGAUCAUCAUGAUUGAGUUAGCUUGUACGAUGAAUCUCGGUUUUAGUAAAGCUAUUGCAGAAAAGAAACUUGAAAAAAUUCUGGCUGAGAUGAGAUUCGAACUCGUGCCUCACAGAUCCCAAUUGCAAAAUUUUGGAGGGUUCUUUUUUCCCGUGGACGAAUCUGAUCAAUUUGUUGGCGGUAAUGACGUGAUUCAGAAAAGUGUCGAAAAGUCUCUUUUUUACAAAGCAUCCUUAGAAAAAUAAUGUUCAAAGCUACUUCAGUGUGUUUAUUUUGCUUAUUUGCAAAU